AUGAUUUGGACAUACAGUAAAGUUUCAAGCGUAUUCAUUCCGACGAUUUGUAUAUUUAUCUAUUUUUUUAUUUACUAUACACUUUUCACUAUCUGCGUUUCCUUGAUAUCGAUCGGUUUGAUCUAUGGCGUGAUAUUAGCAAUAUUUCAAUCAAAAUCCUAUGCAAUUGUUAAUCCUGGAAAAUUAAAGAAAAAACAUAACAAUAUAGCUAAAUGGAUUAUAGAACAAGUUCAAAUAUCUUCAAAACAAAAUUUAAAAGAAAAUACUAUAGAAAAACAUGAAACAAAUAUUGAUUUAAAAGCAAUUAUUGAUCAAAUAUGUGAUUUACUAUUCGAAGGUCUUAUUUUGUCGUGGUAUAAAAAUGUUUCCUACGAACAAUCAACAUUUACUGAAGCAAUCAAACAAGACAUCCAUUUAAUUGUGUCAGAUCUUAAAACUCGCUGUGGUCAAGUCGAUUGGAUUAAGUUCAUAUCAAAUGAUCUUGUUCUACUAUUGGCUGAACAUUAUCAACAAGUUCGACGAUCAAUAUUGAAACCCGAAGAAUAUCCAUUUCGUUUACAUGCUUAUUUAGAAACCGAUGAUAGUGAAAAUGACUAUUUAAGAUAUAUGAGUGAAUCAUUAUUACUUAUUAUUCUGCCAUCAAGUUAUUCGUCAACAUUAGCUGUGAGACAUUUAUUACGGGAAAUAUUCGUUUUCAAAAUUUUUAAACCAACAAUAAACUUAAUUUGUGAACCUGAUUAUUUCAAUGAAAAUAUUUUGUAUAAUAUUGAAAAAUUAAAUUCAAAUAAUGAACAAAAAUUGAAAAAAUUUACUUUAGCAUCAAAUUAUGAAAACUUCAUAACAUUGAUUGAAACAAGCAACGAUCUUGAUAAACUCGAGCACUUUUGGAAUUAUAUCGUAACAGAGAUUAUGCAAGCAACAGCAAUCAGAAAUCUAUUAAAAGAAGGAGUUAUUUCAAAUGAUAAUCACCAAGCACGACUUGGAACUAAAGGGGAAUUAUUAAUGAAGCGUGAUUUAACGAAGUAUCUCAAUCAAUUACGACGAGCAAAGAUCGUUUGCGAACGACAUAUUACAGCUAAUGGUGGUCGAAGUUAUUUACUCGUUGAUGCAAGUACGAAUAAAACUAAUCUCGCUAAUCGAAAAAUACUUCCAUUAAAUAUGAUUUUGAGUUGUAUUACUGGUCGUCAUUAUCUGCAUCGAUUUUUAGAAUCAUUUGGUACUCAUACAUUAGUGAAGUUUUGGUAUGAAAUUUGGAAAUUACGUUCAGCUCCAUCACAUGAACGACAUCGGGUAGCAACAAAUAUUUAUAAAACAUAUAUAACACGAUUUGGUUGUGCCGUUCGUGAUGAAAUUGAUAACGCCACAGCAGCUCGAAUGAAAGCAUUUCUCAUUGGCGAGGAGAAUGAGCCAGAUGCAUUUUAUCACGGUCAAACGACUGUCUAUCGUGUCUUACAACAUGAUUACUACGCAUCAUUUCUGGUGUCCAAACAAUAUGAUGCUUUAUGUCGAACUUUUAAUCAAAAUAAUCUAGCAGAUUUUGAUUUAAAGGAACAAUUACUUGGUUGGUCAACGCCAAUGACAGCAGAUGAAAAUUAUGAUGAUACAGAUGGUAGUAAUUCGAUGUUACAACAACCUGAAUUAGCAACUGAAGAUACAUCUGAAAGUGUACCGAAACGCUUAGCUGAUCUUCGAAAUCAAUUAUCGAAUAAGCAAUAUGCACUAACAGCUGCAAGAGAAGCAUCGACAUUUGACGGAACAGUUUUGGCAAUACUUGAACGUGAUUGUGCCGAUUUGAAUCAAGAAAUAAGUACACUUCAAUGUUUAUUAGAAAAUGUUGAUUUAUGGUGGUCGUUUUUGGGCCAAUGGCAAGUACAAAUACUUUCUGACACGAUUGGAAAUGGUCGAUUGUCUCUCGCUGCAUUAAUACAAAGUCCAGUAAGUGAACAAGAUCAACUUGGCUGGGUAGUGACACGAACGUUAAACGCUUGGCAACAUUUUUAUUUUCGAUUAAAAGAAUUAGAACCAUCGUUACCAACAAUAGAUUUAUUUCGUACACGUCAUCGUCAUUUUAAUCAUUUACAUUAUGAUGCGCUUUUAUCCAAACAACUAUCAAUACAAUUAGAAUUAUUUUUACAAGCCAUACUACGCGAUGAACAUAUGUCGUCGUUUGAAUUAGUCUAUCAAUUUUUGAAUCCAUCUAUUGUUGAUAAUGAUAGAGAAAUAUCAAAAUUAGACAAUACUAAAAAGAAACAAAUGAAUUCAAAUAAAAAUAUAUUUAAAAUAUUUCGCUCGAACAAAGCGUCCAAUGAUUUAUUAGAAACCGACAGCGUUCGUUUUCUCGAGGGUCGUGCUGAUUCCAUCGCUGAACCGUUUUAUACUUUUAUCGAUGUUCUAUUCGAUGAACAACGUGGCUUACUUAAAUUAAUACGUAUGACAUUAGUUCAAUUUAUCCGUGUGACAUAUGGAAGUACAAUAAAUCGACAAGUUCGUCGAUAUAUUGUUAGUUUAUUUCAAGAAGAAUGUAUAGUCAAAUAUUUAAUUAUGCUACGAGAUGUAUUUUGGCCGAAAAUUCCGUCUGCACCAAGACAAUCUCGUACCGAUGAUGAAAAACGAGAACGACGACAACAAGCUAAACAACAGUUAUUAUCCAAUAUACCAGACACGAUUUCUUUAAUAUUUGGUUUGGACAAUGCAAGGUUAGGUGCAGAAAAUUUAUUCGAACUUUUUCAAGAUAUUCGCCUGAAUAAACAUCUUUUUUAUAAAUUCAUAUUACUAUUUAUCACUGAAGUAUUUCCUGAAUGGCAGCUGAAAUCCUAA